AUGGCAGCGGCCGAGGGCAAGUGGUGUCCUCAGAAGCGCCAGUGCCCAGCUGAGAAGGCAGCAGCCAAUGGCAAGCCGACCCCGGCAGAAAAGCACAUUGAGGGGGACGCUGCAGCGCGGUGCUGUGCGGGGAGUGGAGGAAUAGCGAGCCCGAUGCAGCCCCCGCAUUGCUCACUGCAGGACCUGCCAGUGGAGAUGUUGGUGAAGAUCUUCGCCUGGGUUCCCAGCACCGACCUGCCCAGCUUGGCCCAGGCCUGCACCAAAUUCCACCACAUCCUGCACAUCGACAGCAUCUGUAGAUGGCAAUGCCAGGAGGAGUUUGGUGUUCGUGAAAACUUGCAGAAUCUGGAGAUGAUGGAGAGGAAACCAGCCAUGGUGGAGUGCAUGGAAGGCCGCCUCAGCAGGCCCCACAACCGCCAUAUGCAGAUUCAUAAGGACAGGUUCACCACCCAGUGCAAGAAGACAGCCCAUGGAACUGAUUUACCAACGUGGCUUAAGGAAGAAGGGGGGCUGGUGCUGGAGGACAGACAGCAGUAUGACUGGCUGACCUACCACCGCCUCUAUCUCCCGCCGAGCCACCCGGACGACCUCAUCCAACCAGGCCUCUUCCAAGACUACUAUGAUGCCUUCGGCCUAAAGAUUGCCAUGCUCAGCUUCCAUGGGAAGUAUGCCAGGGUCACAAAGAUCACGGGAGUCUCCAAUGAGAUGUUAGAGAUCCACCUCAUGCGCCGCAUCCAGCUGCGAGAUGGCCAGAUCUUCAGCGACUUCAACCAGCUCUCCCAUGUGGUCCAGGAGAUUGACGAGCAGGUGAUCCGGGAGCAGCAGCAGCAGCAGCAAGAAGACGGGACUGAGGAAAGCAAGGGCCAUGGCUGGCAGAGCACUGCCCAGCCCAGCGUCGGGGAGUCCAGCACUACAGCUUCGGAGGAGCAGCCUGUCCCAUUUGUUCUGCCUGUGGGUAUGCACUCAAAACUCCACAACUACCCCCGAACUUGAAGGAUGUGUUUCUAUGGCUUGGCCUACCCCAGUCGCAUCCCUGGAGUCUUCAUCCUGUUCGAUGAGAAGCCCUUGGGGUUCAUUAUUGUGGAGGUGAAAUACUUCAUCCUGUUGGGCAGAGUCCAGAACACCUUCCAGAAUGCUGAGGCACCAUCCCCGCAGACUUUCCUAGAGAUGCUCAAGAACAUUCAGUCCAUGCCCUAA